UUGUUGGUUAGAAGAGGAAAACAAAUAAGAUCGAAUUUUAUCAGGAAACAAAAAUAAUUCUUCAAAAGCGCAUUGAAAAAAAAAAAGGUAAAAUGAAAAAAUGGAGACAACAUUCACAGAUUUGUCAAAAGAAAAGGAAACUGUGCCAGUAUUAAAUGGAUCUUGUGAAAACAUGGACACGGACACUCUUUCCAUCAAUAACAAUGAUGGCUACUUGGAUAGAAAUGCCAAUAAAACAGAAGAUAGCACUCUGAGUCAAGGUGAUAGACUUAAGUUGUCUACUACAUCAGAUCACAUUUCUAUAUUUCAACUAGCACUACAGCAAGAAAGAAAUGGGAAUCUGGACUUAGCCUUAGAGAGCUACUUAAAAUGUUUACCAGGGUUGAAAGGUCAUUUCUUUCUACUGCCUCACUGCCUUCGUAAGAUCUCAGACAUUCAUCUAAAUAAAGGAGAUUAUGAACAGGCUUUACACUUUGCACAAGCUGAGAAGUUGUGCUAUGAGACAUCUCCUAUAAUUAAUGAUGAGAUACAGACCCGCCUAGAAGAAAUAGCUGGAGACAUUAGUCACACUCCAACUGAUUUAACUGACCUCAACAUUGAAGCUUUAAGAGCAGAUGAGUUUAAGAGUAUGGCCCAAGAUUAUUUGCACAGAAAGCAGCUUAAUCUUGCAUUGGAAUAUGCUGGUAAGUGCACAAAAAUUAGGCAGCAAGUGUUUGGUAGCAACCAUGAGAAGACACAGUCUUCUUUGAAUUUUUUCAAGUCGCUCUAUGCAGAUGAAAAAAUUCAACAGUACAUUGCUUCCAAAGGACUUUGUCUAGAUACCUCAAAGAUGGCAGACUUAAUGACCGACAUGCCUAAAACCCCAGAAAUCAUCACAUCAUCUCCUGCUGGAGGAGAACCUGUUUCUAUUUUAAGACAGAGAUCAGAAGAUGGACUAAAUAAUCUUCUUAUUCGUGGAAAGAAGCAAGUUCAUUUUCAUGCAUCUGUCGAUGAAAGUCUUCGGAAGAAAGAAAGAGAUCAGUUUAUUUCCCAUACUGUGAGGUUAGUUUUGAUGGCAGUACUCACAGUCCUCUCUGCAACUCUUGGGGUCUGGAUGUACUGUAUGAUGGACAGGAGCCUGACAUGUCAGCGGAUUUACUCUGAACUGUAUCAGUGGAGUCUCACACUGCAACCACAUUUACAGUUAUUUAGAGCAGUGACCUCGAAUAGCUCAUCCUAGUUACUUAUUUCUCACACAUCAAGAUGUGCAUCGACUUAUAGAUGGCUACAAGUGUCAUUCUAUUUUCACGUACAUUUUAGAUGUUUUAUUAUCUAGUAGUUCAUAAUUAACUGAAACUUGUAUAGUCAUUGAAUUUUAUCUUAGGGUUAGGGUUAGUUCCAGGAACUGACAAGGCUUUUUAUCUGAUAGUAGGCUACUAGUCAUAUUUUAGUUCUAUUAAUAACAUUAAGCUUUAAUAGUGUAUUAUUUCUAAUGUUUGUUCUCUCUAUAUAAAAGACCUUCAUUUGUACAUUACAAACAGCUUACUUAUCCCAGCCUUAAAACCUCCAUGCACAAAGCAUUUUUCAUAAGUAUUUCUUUCAUUUGGUUCAGAAAUGUAAUUAUUAAUUUAAUUAUUUAAUACUGAAAAAGCUAGUCUGGAAAAAAAACAACUGAAUGCAUUAUAAUGUAACUGGCUCUAAUUACUUUUGACAGUGAGAUGCCUUACAAUUAGCUCAUCUCUCAACUGAUGUAUUCUUCAAAAGGGUAUAUAGGUCUUACAAUUGAUCAUGCAUUUAUUCCCCUUAUUCUAUAGAACAUUCAAAGUAAAACAACAUACCUUAGAAGGUGUUUUUAUAUAGGUCAGAAUUGUUCUUAAAGUAUUAGAAUACAGUUAGUAAUGUUGAUUAUGACUUUGAAUUAUGUGAAUUAUCUUCAAUUAGCUUUAAACAAAAUUUAAAAAAAAUAAUAAUUUAAUCCUGUGAUAAAAUUUUUAAAAACUUAAAUGGCAUUGGCAUGUGAUGAGAACGAACUGUUAUAAAAAAGAUUCUACAAGGCACAGUACCAGGUGGAAUAAUGUUGGGAACACAAAAGAGAAUGUGGUUUAUGACAAGAUUGAUGCUACUUUGCAGACCCAUUAACUUAGAUGGUGUAAAGCUGUAAAAAGAAUUUAAAAAAAAAAAGGCCAACACUGGUGCCCUAUUAAUUCUGUGGAGUGGAAGAAGAAAGCAAUGAUGUUUAUACAACAGAAUAAAUGUCAUUGAAACUAUUUCACCUUUUUAAUAAUUUAUUUUCACAUUUGUAAUACAUUGUAAUUAGUUAUCUUUAGCCAAAAUGCAUAUUAAAUCUAUUUAAAAUAGUUUAUUUCUGUUAAAAAAAAAUAGCUCAUCUGUUAAGUUGCCUUGUGAUGAAUUUGUGCCAUAAUACUUUUGAUUAACUUUUUUUUUUAUUUAAGCACAUCAUUUUGUUUGUUUUUCAAUUAAAAUAGA